AUGACGAAGAGGAGGACGCCGCGGAACGAGGAGAAGGGGUCUUCGGGGAUCUGCGGCGGGCGGUCGUGGGUGGCGAGGAAAGGACGAAGAGGAGCACGCCGCGGAAUGAGGAGAAGGGGUCUUCGCGGAUCUGCGGCGGGCGGUCGUGGGUGGCGAGUAAAGGUGAAGACGAGGACGCCGCGGAACGAAGAGAGGGGGUCGUCGCGGGGGUCUUCCUUCGCCGAAAAGGAGAGGCUGGGUCCGCGCGAAAGGAAAGGGAGGUGGCGGAGCGGGGGACGUCGUCGAGUGCGGCGGAGCGGGGGAGGUCUUCGAGUGCGAGUGCAGUGCGGCGAAGCUGUGUUCGUCGACGAGUGCGGCGGGGCUGCUUCAAUCGGCGGAGCUUGUUGGAUAACGUGGACCAAUAAGCUCCAAGAUUCAGAGACUUCACUCAGUCCCUUCCCCCAAUCCGUUCCCUACUUCUUCUCCUCCAAUUUCUCAGCAACCAUCACUCCUCCAUCUUCCCACUCACUGACAACAACAACAACCAUGGCGGCCGGCGCUAUCUUCCUCUCCAUCCUCUUCCUCCUAAUCUCCUCAUCCGCCGCCGCCUCCUCCCCCGAAUCCCGCCCCCAAACCUUCAUCGUCCACGUGUCCAAAUCCCACAAGCCGGCCCUCUUCUCCUCCCACCGCGACUGGUACGCCUCCAUCCUCCCCCACCCUUCCGCCCUCCUCUACACCUACUCCCACGCCGCCGCCGGCUUCUCCGCCUCCCUCACCGCCGACCAAGCCUCCCGCCUCCUCCGCACGCCUGGAAUCCUCUCCGUCGUCCCCGACCAGAUCCGCCACCUCCACACCACCCACACCCCUUCCUUCCUCGGCCUCUCCCCCUCCUCCCCUCUCUCCCUCAACUCCGCCAACGGCGACGGCGUCAUCAUCGGCGUCCUCGACACCGGGAUCUGGCCCCUCCACCCCAGCUUCGACGACGCCGCCUUCCCCGCCGCCGCCGCCGACAAAAUCCCUGCCAAGUGGCGCGGGAUCUGCGAGUCCGGCAAGGACUUCCCCGCCGCGGCUUGCAAUCGGAAGCUGAUCGGAGCCAGAGCAUUUUACAAAGGAUACGAGAGCUACAGGGGAAGGCCGAUCGACGAAACCGUGGAAUCAAAAUCUCCGAAAGAUACGGAAGGCCACGGGACUCACACGGCGUCGACAGCUGGCGGAUCUCUGGUAACGAACGCCAGCCUGUUCGGCUACGCCUCCGGCGACGCGCGGGGGUUGGCGCCGAGCGCGUGGAUCGCCGCCUACAAGAUCUGCUGGUCACCCGGGUGCUUCGAUUCCGAUAUCCUCGCCGCCUUCGACCAGGCCGUAGACGACGGGGUCGACGUCAUCUCCCUCUCCGUGGGAGCUAGCUACGCGCCUCCGUACGACAGCGAUUCGAUAGCGAUCGGAGCUUUCGCGGCGGCGAGGAAGGGGAUUGUGGUUUCCUGCUCGGCUGGAAAUUCCGGACCAGGAGCUUACACGGCGACGAACAUCGCUCCGUGGAUCUUGACCGUGGGAGCGUCCACCGUUGACCGUGAUUUCCCCGCCGAUGUCGUCCUCGGAGAUGGAAGCGUGCACGCUGGAGUUUCGCUCUACGGCGGGGCCGGUCUGCCCGAGGGGGAACUUUUGCCUCUUGUUUACAGCGCUGAUUGCGGGAGCAGGUACUGUUAUUCCGGCUACCUCGACCCGGUGAAGGUGAAGGGGAAGAUCGUGCUGUGCGAUCGCGGCGGGAAUGCGAGAGUCGAGAAAGGGGCAUCCGUCAAGCUCGCCGGAGGUAUCGGGAUGAUCAUGGCGAACACGGAUCUGGAAGGGAACGAGCUUCUCGCCGACGCUCAUCUCAUUCCGGCGACAAUGGUUGGAGCGACGGAAGGGGAUAAAAUUCGCGAAUACAUUCAAUCGGCUGCGUCUCCAACAGCAACGAUUCAGUUCAGGGGAACUGUAAUCGGAGAAGGCACCUCACCGGCUCCCAAAGUGGCGUCGUUUUCCAGCAGGGGCCCGAAUCGGGUCACGCCGGAGAUCCUCAAGCCGGAUGUGAUUGCUCCCGGCGUUAACAUUUUGGCUGGCUGGACCGGCGCCGCUGCUCCAUCGGAUCUGGAGAUUGAUCCUAGAAGAGUUACUUUCAACAUCAUUUCAGGUACUUCAAUGUCCUGCCCACAUGUUAGCGGCCUAGCCGCAUUGCUCAAGGGAGCACAUCCCGAUUGGUCUCCGGCAGCAAUAAAAUCGGCUAUGAUAACAACGGCGACGACAGUAGACAAUGCCGGCGAGAACAUCAAAGAUCUCGCCAGCGGCAAAGGGACGACUCCAUUUGUCUACGGAGCAGGUCAUGUGGUUCCAAAUGGCGCUGUGAGCCCCGGUCUCAUUUACGACCUCAACACGACCGACUACGUCUCGUUCCUCUGCUCGAUCGGGUACAGCGCCUCGAGGAUCGCGGUGAUCUUCGGCGAGCCCAUUGCAUCGGACGCCUGCGAGCACGCGGCGGCGCUGGCAGCCGGUCCAGGGGAUCUGAACUACCCGUCGUUCUCCGUCGUGUUCAAGCCCAAAUUUGACGUGGUUACAUACAAGAGGGUGGUGAAGAAUGUUGGGAGCUCGGUCGAUGCGGUCUACGAGCUCAAAGUGAAUGCUCCGACGAAUGUUGAUGUCAAGGUCUCGCCCAGCACGCUCGUGUUCAGCAAGGAGAGCCCGUCUCUGGCGUACGAGAUUACGUUCUCGAGCUCGGUCGUAGGUUUCUCGAACGCUGCGACGCAGAGCUUCGGGUUCGUUGAGUGGAGCGAUGGAGUGCACAAGGUUAGGAGCCCGAUUGCUGUGCAAUGGAGGCAGGGAGGUUCUGUGGAGUCUAUUUAAUUAUCACUCAGAGGCCUAGUACUAUGGUUUAUUAUCGACAGGACACCUGCAUUUGCCUGUCCUAAGUUUACAUUACUUCUCCAUUGAUGGUGGAGCAUCGAAUUCGAAUGUACAUAUGUACCAUAUAAAACUCCAUGUUGUGGUUCAUAUGAUGCUGAAUUGAUUAGUUGAGACUUGAGAUUACAAUGGGAAACAGUCUAUCAGCUGCUGUAAACACUCUACCUGUGGACUUAAUUAGGGCAUAUGUGGCUACUAUUGUUGCAACCUAAAAACAAUAAGGCUUUCGGCAUGAGUGUUACAUAUCUCGCAAAAUUCUUCAACUAUUAAAAAUAUUA